CCUCAAGCGCUAACACGACUCACUGGCAAACGGGCCCUCACUAGGGCAUACCCCACCACUAAAUGUUCCAUUAAGAUACGGGCUCCUCGCAACUUCACGCUGGAGUAGGGCGUCUGGGCCCCCAAUAUUUGCUGGCAUGUAUCGCUGAUCCACUGGCAAUUCCUUGUACAAUCCCAGGUUUGUCAUAUUGAAGUUCGCCAUGGUCAUGAGACCUCCAUCAACCGCAUGAUUCCUCCUUCCACCAAUGUUGCUGCAGCAUCAUGUGCUUCAGCAUCAGACGCCGGCCAGGAGUCCGCAACCUAGCCCUCUUUCCUCCCAACCCCUUGUCCACCCACUUGCGUGCUCUCGAGACCGAGGCGAACCGUGAUGUUCUGUCGAAGUUGAACGCGCAUCUUUACAUGGUCAAGAUCUCCCAGAUCACUCUUGAAUACUGGUCGAAACUGGUGGCAGAACUCUACGACGAGAUCCAGGCUCUUUCUAUCGGCGAGAGCGGAUUACUAAUGGGCUUGAGCCUCGGGAGCGGCGGCGGCGGAAACAUGCUCAAUGACAUGUCUCUGAGGAAGAACAUCUACAGCGACGUCUUGAGUAACUUGAGACUUGUUGUCAUCGAUCGGAUGGUUAAGCCAGAGGAGGUGCUAAUCGUCGAAAACGACGAGGGUGAAAUCGUUCAUUCGAUUGUCCUCUAUAAGCAGAUGCGGGAGCUACUGGUCUAUCUUACGCAUCUUGACGUUGUGGACACUGAAAAUAUACUGACCGGAAAACUUGCAAAGCAAGUCGAUGGUUCGGAAUGGAGUUGGCAGAACUUAAACACGCUUUGCUGGGCUAUUAGAAGCAUAUCAGGAGCAAUGAGUAAACGCCUUGCUACCGUCAUCAAGGAUUUCUUAGGAUUGUGCGAAAUCAAAAGAGGCCAAGAUAACAAAGCUGCCGCCACCUCAGAUAUCAUGUACAUCAACUUUCUCAAGACAGUGGUCAAUAAAUUGUUCGAGUUCAUGUACGAGACCCAUGAAGGUGUUCAAGACAUGGCAUGCGACACGUUCAUCAGGAUUGCUCAGAAGUGCAGGAGGCAUUUUGUCAUACAACAAUCGGUAGGACAGGAGCCAUUCGUAGAUGAGAUAUUGCGGCUGCUCCAUCGCAUCACUGUCGACCUGUCACCUCAGCAGGUACACACUUUCUACGAGGCCUGGGAUUCGCUCAUGGCUCAAGCUACACAUAAUAUGGAUGCCCUAAGGAACCUCGAUAAUAUCAAGAUUUUGUCCAAUGUCCUCAAGACGAACGUGUCUGCUUGUACAUCUAUCGGCAGCUUCUACCUGCCCCAGAUUGGCCGGAUCUUUUUGGACAUACUGGGUCUGUAUAAGGCGGUCAGUGGCAUUAUCAGUGAGACUGUAGCUCGGGAAGGCACCGUUGCCACUAAGACGCCAAAGAUACGGCAGCUGCGUGCCGUUAAGGAGAUAUUGAAACUGAUGGAGACGUAUAUCAAGAAGGCUGAGGAUCUUGAAGCCGUGAAUACGCAUUUCAUGCCGCCACUACUGGGUGUAAUUCUUGGUGACUACAACCGCAAUGUACCGACUGCACGAGAUGCUAGGGUGCUGAACGUGGUGGCUACCAUUACAAGCCGUCUCGGGCCUUUGUUGACUCCUCAAGUCCCUGCCAUUCUUGACGCAGUCUUCGAGCCAACGGUGACCAUGAUUAAUCAAGACUUCUCUGAGUUUUUCAAGCUCCUUCUGGUAAUUAACCUAAAUUGUUUCCCGGCUCUGCUAGGCAUUCCACCGCCACAGCUCAAGCUCUUCACGGACAGUAUCAUCUGGGUAAUUAAGCACACGAUGCGUGACAUUGCUGUCACCGGACUUAACCGCGCAGAGACUGCCCAGUACUUCCUGAGUAUCGUGCAAGACAUAUUAUUUGUACUCACGGACACGGACCACAAGAGUCGUUUCAAACUUCAAAGCCUUCCACUCGCACGCAUGUUCCAGCUGGCACCCCCAUUUGAUCCUGCGCAAAUGGCAGAUCCUACCAUCUCAAAUUCUGUCUUCCUGAAGGACGUUAAUAGAUCAUUUCGAUUUUUACAUAGGUUUAGCGUGUGGGCCGCGGCUGACUUUGGCCCACUUUACAGGUGCUCUGCGUGUUGAGGUUGCCGUUAACAUUAUCCGGUGGUCCACGCCC